AUGACACAAGCACCUACGGAUGCUGAGCUUCUUGAGCUCUUGUCACAACUGACAACGAGUGAGAAGAUAUCAUUGCUUGCAGGAAAGAACUCUUGGGAGACUCAAAAUAUUGACCGUCUCAACAUCCCCUCUCUCAAGGUCAGCGAUGGCCCCAACGGAGCCAGAGGCGCCGAUUUUCUCGACGGCAGGACUGCGGCAUGUUUCCCAGCCUGCGUGUCGCUGGCGGCUACCUUUAACCGCAAGCUUGCGUGGCGAGUUGGCGUUGCCCUGGCCCAAGAGACCCAGACCAAGGGAGCCUAUGUCCUUCUGGGUCCCACUGUGUGCCCACACCGCUCGCCGCUUGGCGGACGCAAUUUCGAGUCUUUUUCCGAAGACCCUCUCCUCGCUGGCGAGCUCGCUUCUGAGUACGUUCUGGGCUUACAGAGCGAGAGGGUGGGGGCGACAGUGAAGCAUUAUGCCAUCAAUGAACAAGACACCCGUCGUUUCACUGUCAACGAGACAGUCUCUGACCGGGCCAUGAGAGAAAUUUACUUGCGCCCGUUUGAGAUCAUCAUCAAAAAGUCUGACCCCUGGUGCAUAAUGACAAGCUACCCCAAAGUAAAUGGCCACUACGUCGAUGAUCAAACCACGCUUCUCAAAGACAUACUUCGAGAUGAAUGGGGCUACAAGGGGUUAACCAUGACUGACUGGGGCGCUGCUUCGGCUGCUGUUGACGCCGGUAUUCACAAUGGGCUUGAUCUCGAGAUGCCUGGUCCUCCUCACCGGAGAAAGGGAGAUGUCGUGCAGAAGCUGGUCGACGAUGGAAAGGUUCAUCUCAAGGAUAUUGACGAGCACGUUCUGAAUAUCCUUAAGCUUCUCCGCCAGACGGGAAAAUUCACUGACAGGCGGGAGCCGGUCCCUGAGUAUUCUGUCAGCCGACCCGAGCAUGAGAGACUCAUUCGUGAAGCCGGUGCCGAGGGCAUGGUUGUUCUUAAGAAUGCUGGUAAAGCACUACCCCUUAAGCCGUCUUCCCUCAAAAACAUUGCGGUGCUUGGUCCACUAGCGAAGCAGAUGGCUGCCCAUGGGGGCGGGAGCGCAUCCCUCAAUUGCCACUACAAGGUCAGCCCCUUUGAUGCCAUCACAUCAAGGCUUGGUGAUAGCAAAGUCUCAUACUCCAAAGGCGCACAUGUCUUUCGCACGUACCCCGAUUUCACUCUUGGUGCUGUCAACCGCAACGGCAACCCCGGCUUCAUCUGCGACUUCUUCAAAACUCUCGACAUGUCUGACGAGGCCUUCCACACCAGUGAAUAUCCGCGGGGUAGCUUCAUGUCUAUCAUGAACGCAGAGAUCGACGAUGCCAAGGCUGUACGUAUGACCACCACGUACAUCCCGAGUGUCAGCGGAAAGCAUUACCUGAGCUUUUCUGGCAUCGGGCCUACCAAGCUAUUCAUCAACCAAGUCUUUCUUGGUGAGAUCAAGGAGACAGAAGAGGCAAUGAUGUUCUUCCUGGGUGCGCAAGAAGAGAAGCAUGUCCAGUACGACUUCAUCGCAGGCCAAAAGUAUUACAUUUUGGUUGAGUCAACCAUCUCUCCGGUACCGAACGCCGAGCUAUUUCUUGCAGAGGACAAGGUUGCAGUUCAUCUCGGAUUCAUUGAGCAGGCAGAGAUGGAGACUGAUCUCCAAUCGGAAGCCGUGGAGCUGGCGAAGCAGGCCGAUGUAGCACUCGUCUUUGUCGGAAACACACCGCAGUGGGAGACCGAAGGCCAAGACAUGGCUACCAUGUCACUUCCCGCCGACGGGUCCCAGGAUAAGCUCAUCGCCGAAGUUGCCAAGGUUAAUCCCAACACUAUCGUCGUAAUUGGAACUGGUGUGCCGAUUCAGCUGCCCUGGCUUGACGAGGUCGCUGCCGUCGUUCAAACCUGGUAUGGCGGUCAGGAAACUGGCAAUGCCGUACUCGAUGUUCUUCUUGGCGAGGUGAACCCAAGCGGAAGACUGCCUGCUUCCUGGCCUAAGAAGAUCGAGCACACGGCUUGCUACGGGAACUUUGGCCUUGACAGUUGGGAAUCUCGAGAGGUAGAAUACGUCGAGGGUGUGAAUGUUGGUUACAGGCACUUUGACUCUCAGUAUGGCACUGAGAAGGAGGUGCUUUUCCCCUUCGGUUUUGGCCUAAGUUAUUCCACAUUCGAGGUUUCUGGGACUGCCUUGUCCGGAACCUUGAGCGAAGCCGAUGCCAAUUCUGAAGUGACCAUCACAGCUUCAGUUCACAACACCGGUGAUAGAGCAGGUUCCGAAGUCGUUCAGGUGUAUCUGGCACCCCCCCAAGGGGGUGAAGACAAGGGAAGACCGCCAAAGGCUCUUGUUGCAUUUGACAAGAUUCACCUAGGCCCAGGAGAGAAGAGAGAGUUGCAACUCUCAUUCAAACGAGAUGGUGCCGCGUUUUGGUCCGAGGAAGACAAGCUAUGGAAGGUUGAGGGGGGCGAUCAUGACCUCUAUGUCUCGACCAGCUCGAGUCCCCGAGACGUCAAGUCUACGCACACUCUCAACGUGCCACAGACUUUCAGCUUUGGCGCAUAG